AUGGAUCCAAAAAGAAAUCGAUCGGCAACAUGCCUAAAGAUGCACACAUUGAUAUUUUCCAAUCGUAGCGCAAAUUAUUUCCAGUGUCGGAAAUGGGAGGAUUCCUUGAAAGACGCCGAACAAGUUAUUAGGAUUCGUCCAGAUUGGCCAAAGGGAUACUUUCGGAAAGCGGAGGCACUGAUGCAGCUUGGAAGAAUAGAUGAAGCACUAGACAGUUAUCACAUUGCCAAACGAAAGGAUCCAAGAAAUCCGCAAAUACCACUACGAAUAGCGAAAGCUUUAAUAUUGGCAGACAACAACUCCAUGGGUUUAACUGUCUACGAAUUAACACCCGGGAAAGAUAUUUGUACCUCAAAAUCAAUCACCAGUCCCAUUCAAAAUAAGAUGAUAGAUCUUGCAGUGAAAAUGAAAAAUUUGAUUUAUAUUAUUAUUGAUAAUGAGAGUAGGAAAUGUGUGGUGGUCGAUGCGUGUUGGGACAUCGAUGGUAUCUUGAAAUUUAUCAAGAACAAACGACUAGAACUUGUAGGUGCGAUAGUCACUCAUUAUCAUUUUGACCAUGCCGGAGGAUCUCUACCGCCACCGUUCGACCAUAUUCCCAUGAAAAUAUCGGGGUUAUUUAACCUUUUGAAACGGCGCCCGAAGGUUAAGGCCUACAUCCACCCCAAAGAUAUACCGUACGUAUUUAAAGCAAAUCCUGGUAUGGCCGAGGUGAUGCCCGUGGAUAAGUCGAGCCAUACGGCAUCAGAGGACGAUGAUUUUCCUAUGAUGUCGGCCGCAAAAUUCUUAAACUCCAUCACCUCAAACCGUGAAUCUCAAUCGACUACUAUGGAUCAUCUAAAUUCGUCCAUAUUUCCACUAGGUAUACCUAAAACUCUCGCCCGAUCACCCAUUCUGGAUCCGACAUUAGACUCAUUAACCGAGCAAAAUUCGCGGGUUCACAAUCGUCGAAGCUCAAUAUCCGAACCAACCCCAUCAUCUAACGCUUCCAUUCACAUUCCCCAUUCCCUGUCUUCCCUGUUCUCACCUUCCUCUUCACAAAACACGCCCAGAAUCAUUCCUACACCUCAUAACUUUGUUCUCACGCUGGGCUCCCUCACCCUCCUUCGGUUCUUACACAUGCCCGGCCACACAGAAGGCAGUCAAUCCAUCCUGGUAAAUGAGUGUCGCUUGUUUACUGGCGACACGUUAAUGUGUGGUUGCGUGGGUAGAGUUGAUAUGCCUGGUGGUAAUCUGAAAGAUAUGAGGAAAACGCUGAGGGAUCGAUUAGGAAAUUUGAACGACGGGAUUGUGGUGUAUCCGGGACACGAUUAUGGUGGCGAUUGGACUACAAUCGGGAUCGAGAGGGAGAAGGGAAUUAUCGGGGAAUUUCGAAGAUAG